AUGGCGGACGAAGCUUCAUCAUCGUCCUCUAUACUGAGGCUUCAUACCUUUAAAUUGCAGGAUGAACAAUUGUGUCUGCAAAUAGAAGGUGAAGAGGUCUAUGGCGCUGAAUCAGGCUGGGUUGAAGCACGGACUUCAUGCGAACACCUGGGUUCUUUGUCGUCUGAUCUCUUGCACGUUCCGGCGCCCGAUACUCCUUGCAACAGGUGCCAUCACACAGCGGAGAAUUGGUUAUGCCUGUGCUGUAAGGAUGUCCUCUGCAGCCGCUUUGUGAACAAACACAUGCUUGAACAUUAUCAAGAAACAAAACAUUGUCUAGCACUCAGCUAUAGUGAUUUGUCAGUUUGGUGCUUCUCCUGUGAUGCAUAUUUAGAUGCUCAGGUGAUACUGCAAUUGCGAUCUGUUUAUGAAACUGCUUACCUAUUGAAGUUUGGGGAGCACCCGCCACUUCGAACAAUUUAAUCUCUGGGGGGUCUGUGAUAGUUGAAUGAACAGUUCAUCCUCAGGCAGUUGAAAGAUGAUGUAGUAUAUUUUAGUUUGAUAAGAGGAACCUAGAUCACAUUGGAUGCUUUUCUUUAUUUGAUUUCACUAAUUAUUUUUCACUGGUUUGAGUACAAUUCCUAUACAUUGUGAAUGGUUUAAUUGAAGGAAAUUGUUUCUAGAGGUGGU